AUGGUGGGGCUCGGUAUUGGAGCACCAAUUGUGCAGGUUUAUCAUGAGAAAUCUUUUAUCUUACCUGAUGUUUCAAGGGUGCUUGCAUGCCUUUAUGAGAAGGAUGUCAAGUUUGAGACUCACACAGCCUCUUACAAGAGCUUACUCAGACUGCAGGCAUCAUCACAUGCUCCAGUUCCAUUCUAUGAUGGCCCUACAUUUCUAGAAGAAUCCAGAGAAAUCUGCCGUUAUAUAGCAGAAAAGUACGAACAUCAAGGAUAUCCGUUCCUCCUUGGGAAGGAUGCCCUUGAGAGGGCUUCAGUUGAGCAAUGGCUCCACAAUGAGGAGCAUGCUUUCAACCCUCCAAGCCGGGCCUUGUUUUGUCAUUUGGCCUUUCCCCUGGGUGAAGAAGAAGAUGAUGAUAUUGACAUUCAUACAAGGAAGCUAGAAGAGGUUCUGGAAGUUUAUGAGCAAAGGCUCAGUGACAGUGAAUUCCUAGUUGGAAACAAGUUCACUCUUGCUGACCUUGUUCACCUGCCAAACUCCCACUAUAUCAAAGCGUCUAACAAGUUUCUUUACCUUUAUGAUUCGAGGAAAAAUGUAAGGAGGUGGUGGGAUGCUAUUUCUGAUCGGGAUUCUUGGAAGAAAGUACUGGGGUAUAUGAAGGGGGUGGAGGAGCAGAACAAACAAGAAGAACUCAAGAAGCAGCAGCAGCAGGAGGAGGAGGAGGAGGAUCCUAGAACCUCUGCUGACUCAAUUCGGCUAGACCCUAGAAAGCAGAUCAGAACAGAGCCUCGGACAAUAUUGGUUCCUCCUACUGAUACCGUGUCAUCAUCUUCCAUAGUUCCUCGAACAAAGAAGCCUCUUCCUAGUGAUACUUCCCCUGAUGAAUUACUGAUAUCCUCAAGCCAUAGUACUCCUGCUGCUGAUAAAACUUCAGCUGUCCAAAGCAAGGAAACUACCAUCUUUACUAACCCUCAAGAAACACCACCAACCUCAGUUCAAAGUACUCCUGUCACUUCUAAAAAACACUCUAUUCCUGUCCAAAGCACUAAACAUGCUACUUCCCCAACCACUGCCAAGAAGCCCCCAAUAACUGAUGCAGCCAAGUCCAGGACCAAAGAUGCUUCGAUCCUCGAAUCAAGUUCAUCCAAGGAUGUUUCUAGUGACCUUGAUGUGUUUGAUCACUACCCAAGCCAUACUGAUGUAGAUACACCAUAUAUUGAACCUACUACACGAAAAACUUCAGAAACAUUGGAUGCAUUCCCUGGGUCCAACAUUGGCACUGGUUAUACUAAAACCAGUUCUAUAUCAGCCAGAGAAGAGCCUGACCAACCCACUGCAUCUGAUUUCUACAAGAGUGACAGCACAGGCACCAGUGUUGAUUCUCGGUUCAAAGAAUCAGUUCCAUAUUCUGGCCGUACUCCACCAGAACUUGAACCUACAGAUACUUCUGCUAGCAAGCUCCACACAACUGAUGUUCAUCGUAGGCUCCAGGUUGAGCAGUGGCAUUCUGCUAAAACUGGAUUAAAUGACCUAAAGCAUGAUGAUGCUGAUCAUUUAGUGUCUACUCAACAAGGAAAACCAAGAAAAGAUGUGCAGCAGUAUCCAUCACAAGAUUCAGAACAGGCAACCUCACAUUCUGUUCCUCAAGAACCAAUGAGUCGAGAUGUCUUGUCUCAACUUGAGGAUCGUGCAUCUUCCGAUCAGAGAGGUGCUUUAAUGCCCCCUUCUACACAAGAACAUGGUGUUACUCCAUCAAGGGAAGCAGCAGCUAAAGAUGCUCGCAGGAGAAUUUCAUCCCAAGCAGCGUAUCCAGGUGGUCAAGAUACCAGCAAGCAACCUAGAGACCAUGGUUUUGUACCAAGGGAGGGAGAACCACAAGAUGCUAGGGAGAUAUUUGAUGAAUCACAGGCUCCAGAUUCCACUAUAUCCAGUGAGAGAUUUUCAUAUACUUCUCAAUCUUCUCUCCCAAGACAAGAUUUAGAUGGUGCUCGUCUUGCUACUGCACCAUUUGAAACGAGAUAUCCUGGAGCUGAAGAUACUUCCAAGCAAGCUAAAGACAAAAUUUCUACCCCAUGGCAAAUGACAGACCAUGAUGCUGGAGAUGUCAAAGAAGAAACAAAAGUUUCUGAGUCUUCAUCAUUCCAAGUGGAACCUUCAUAUUCUGAGAGGGCCGAUGCUCCUUCAUGGAAGCAAGAAACAAUUGAUGACAUCUUCAAAGAAACAAGAUAUCACAGUGUGGCCCCACCUUCCCAAACAAGAUAUCAGACUCCUCCAUCCAAAGCAAGAUAUCCAACUGCUGAAGAUGCCAGCAAGCAAGCAAGAGGGACUGCGCCAACACCUAAGAAGAAAGCUGCCCAAGAUGAUAAUGACACCUCUGAAGAAUCAAAGACUGCCGAUGAAGUAGCAUCAACUGAGCAGCCUUUAGAUGCUUGGAGAUCACCUGUUUCUCCACGAAGACAAAAGGUCGAGGAUUCUUCUAGGUCAGAUACAUCAUUCCAAAAGAGAGAUCCUUAUGAUGAAGAAGACAUACAAGUUGCCAACACUGCUUCUGUGUCAUGGCAAAUUGCACCUGAUGGUGAUAAAAAUAUCUUUGAAGAAACAAAACUUCCUGACUCUACACCAACAAGUGCAAAACCCGUGUACACACCGCGAGCUCCUUUUCCUCCUCCAAGGCAAGCAGAAGUUAAAGAUGCUAAGGACAAAGGCAGACAAAGUAGAGUAACCAUUCCUGAAUCACAGAAAAUGGUGUCAGAGGAUGCCCAAACCACACAUGGAGAAAGGAAGACUGGUACACCUGGAGAGCAAUCUUCAGAUCGUCUGCAAGCUAUUCCUCAAUCAAGGCCACCAGCAGCUAAAGGUUUGUCUACCAAAGAAGAAAUAACCAAUGAACAGACAGUGGUGCCACCUCUAUUGAGCAAUGAACCAACAUCUCGAGUUCAACCUGCCUCUGAAUCCUUGCAAGAAGUAGCUUCCCGUGGAGGUUUGUCUACCAAACCAUCCACCAUUGAACAAUGGCAGCGUGCAACUGUGCCACUAAAUGACAUAACUUCUAGUUCUGGUGAUGGUGAAAUUGGAUCAGAGACACCUGGUGUCCAAAGUGCUUCAUCAUCAUUCCCAGGAGCUUCCACAGCUCGCCAUGCCACUAGUGAUGAUAGGUUUGGUAGGCAGUCGAUUAUUGAUGAAAGAGUUGGAGAACCAACAAAAAUACUACCAACUCCAUAUUCUGCUCCAGCACAUACCAAGAGAGAAACUCCUGAUGGUCAUGAAAUUGUUGAUUCAGAGCUUGUCAGCACACCUGACAGACAUAUAUCAGAGGCUGCAAAAAUUAGACAGGAUCAAGCCACAGUCCAUGAAGAUGUUCAUGACGACAAUUUGUCAGCUCAUGAUGUGGCUAAAGAUACCUUCAAAGAAGCAAAGGUUGCUGAGUCUACACCAUCUAGUGCAAAACCUAUGUACUCUCAACAGCCUGCUCCUACUCCAAGGCAUGCAGAAGUGGAAGAUACUUGGGACAAAGGGAUGAAAGGUAGAGAAGCUGUUCCUGACCGACAACAAAUGUUGGAAAAAUGGGCAGGUACAGCCGGAGAGCAAGUUUCUGAUCGUUGGAAAGCAAGUGCUCCAUCAAGACAGGCAGCAGCUGAAGAUGUUCGUGGUGCAACUGGUGAUACAAUACAGUCUCCAGAUGUUCUUGACCCUUCCAAGAAAUCUAGAGGUGCCUUUGAAGAAGCUAAAGGCCCUGGCUCUGUUAAGGAGGAGAAGACGUCCUCUAUUUACCAGAAGAAGCCUCUGGUGGCACAAGACAGUCAGGAGCAAGCUCAAACCAUCCCAGCUGGUGAGAAAGCAGAUGGUUCUAUACGAAAGCAUCAACAAGCUUCUGAUGCUCCAACUACUUUUGUUGAGAAAUUAGAUGCUUCAGAACCAGCAAGAGUAAAAACUCAUGGUGACUUCAGUGCUGAACAGCCAUCUAGAAAAGACACCACUGAUGACCAGAAAGUGGCACCGCCUCUUUCGACUAGAGAACUAACUUCCCAAGUCCAACCUCCCUCUGAACCAUCGUAUGAUGCAGCUCUCCACAGAGAUUUGUCUAGCAAACCAUCCACCAUUUAUCAAUGGCAACUUUCAUCUGUGCCAUUACAUGAUGUGACUAGUAGUUCCGGUGAUGAGGUGGCCAAGUCGACCGUUGAUGAGAAGCCAACACCAAUGAGUCAGCAAAAAUCUGAUGAGCAAAGAGCAGAACCACCCGUACCAAUAGAAGCAGAAAUAUCUGAUGUUCAACAAGCUUCACCAUCAUUUCCAGGAGCUUCCAUGGAUGAUCAUGCCACUAUCGAUGAUGAGUUUGCCAUGCAGUCAAUUAUUGAUCAAAGAGUUGGAGAACCAACACAAAUGCAAACAUCAAGUCCAGAUGCUCAUCCUGCUUCAGAACCUACUAAGAGAGGAACUCCUGAAGGUCAUGAAAUUGGUCAUUUAGAGCUUGUCAGUACACCUGGUGGACAAAUAUCAGAAGCAAAAAAAGCUAGAGAUGAUCCAGCCAGAGCAGAUAUUCAUGAUGGUCAUAGUGCAGAAGAGCAAUAUAAAAAAUACACUGUCGAUGAUCAGAAAGUGGCUUCAUCUCUAUCAAGCAAAGAACCAACAUCCCAAGUGCAACCUGCCUCUGAACCAUUACAAAGAGCAGUUCCUGAUGGGGAUUUGCCUAGCAAAUCAUUCACCAUUGAUCAAUGGCAACGCACGGCUGCUCCAUUACAUGGUGUAAUUACUGAUUCUGGUGAUGAUGAGGCAGCCAAGUCUUCUAACAAUGGUCAAAAGGCAAGACUGAUGAGUCAAGAAGCAACUCCAAGUUCACAGAGUGUCAAUCAGAUGGCCAAACAAUCUGGUGAGCAAAGCGUCGAACCACCUGUACCAAUUGUUGCAGAAGCAUCUGAUGUUGCACGUGCUGCACCGUCGCUCCCAGAAGCUGCCAGGGCUGAUGGUGCCACUAUCAGUGACAAGUUUACUGAGCAGUCCAACAUUGAUGAAAGAGUGGGGAAACCAAAACAAAUGCAAUCACCAAUUACAGCUGCUCGUCCUGAUUCAGCACCUACCCUGAGAAGAACUCCUGAUAGUCAUGAAGCCGGUGAGCUUGUCAGCGCACCUGAGGGCCAAAGAUUAGAGGGUGCAAAAGCUACUCGAGAUCCUGCCACAAUCCACGAAGAUGUUUAUGAUGCCAGUUUGUCAACUCAUGAUGCAGCUAUUGAUGAAAAGACAGCAACGGAUCAUGCUAGUGGUGAUGAGGUUGUCACAGGAUCUUUACAUGAUCACCAGACACCGCGACCUGCAUCAAUUCAAGUACAACCAACUGUUGAGACUCCACAUGACUCUGAUUCAUUCCAAUAUGUACAUACUGGUGACUCGGGAAAAGCUGAAUUGGCAAAACCAACUGUAACUGAUCAAGAAGCAACAGUGCCUGCAGCUGGCCCAACAUCAGCGGAUCCCCAACGUGCUGACAUCAUACCAGCUGGAGUAGCCCAUUCUGAACAGAAAUCCACUCCGUCAGAUAAAGGAUCAGCUCGUGCUGCACAACAUCCUUCCCCUGUUGAACCAAUAAAGGCAGACAGUAAUGUUUCUGCAGCUAAUUAUACUAAUGCGCCGCAAAUGAUUUUUCGGCAACAGGCCAGACCACCUGCACCGAGCACAAUAGCAAUUCGAACCCCAGAUACCCAGGGUGUUAUAGGGAAAAUCCAGGAGGUAACUCCUGAUAACCGCAGCACUGAUGACUCAGGAAAACCAUUUGUUCCAAAUCAAGAACAUGUUUCACAUGCAUCAGAAGCAAUCCCUGGUCAAGAAGAAAUGACAUUUCCACAAGGUGCAAGAGUUUUUCCAACGUCAGAUACCCAACUUUCCUCGGCAGAUGUUCAUGAAGUCACCCCCGAUGGCCAACUGACUGUUGAGUCAAGUACUCCAUUGGUUUCAAGUGGAAAACAAGGUUCUCAUGUCAGAUCUCCUUUCAAACCAGGUGAAGUAGGUCCUGCUGAAAAGAAAUUUGUCCCGUCAGAUGAAGAAUCACCUCAUUCUUCAGAAGAGUCGAUCUCUGGUGAACCUAGGAAAGAGAAAACUGUUAUUCCCACUGCUGAACAGACCACGGCACAGCCAACAAUCAUUGGUCGACAAGACAUACCAGACAGAAAACAGGCUCUGACAUCAGAAGACACACUUAAUAAUACAGCUACCCAUCACGAUGUUCACCGUACUGGUACCAUUGAACCUGCCAGAAGACCUUUAUCAGUUGAAGGGGAAGAACUAAUGCCCGCAACUCAAGCACCAUCACCUAGUGUGGCUAGAGACUCCUUCCACACUGAGCUGGAAAAUGUUCAGUCAGUGAAACCAUCAGCAACUCCAGAUGCUCGUGACAUCACACCUAGUAGUGCACCUGGUGAAGCAGCGCUUGCUGAGCAAAAAUCUGCCUCAUCAGGUCAAGGUUCUGCUGAUCCUGCACAACCAUCUUUCUCUCUUGGCCCAAGGAAUGAGGAGAUUAGAGAUUCGUCUCCUUCAGCUAUGCUCAUUUCCUCUACUGAUCCAAGUAAAGGAGAUCCUAUGGUUGCUGUACGUGAUCAAGCCAAGGAUUCGCAAACAACUCCUGGCCAACAAGACAUAUUGUCUACCGAACAUCCUUCAGGGAAGGUUCAGGAAAAUAUACCUGGUGAUAACUUGGGCAAAGCUAAACCUUCAAGACCAUCCUCUGCUAUUCAAGAAGGCAAACCUUCAAAAGCAUCAGCUUCGGGCAUACAGCUUGGUAGUGUACCAAAUGAAUUAUCCGUUGAUGAACAGAAGUUUGCUCCACCAGAGCCAAGGAGCAAGGAGAUUGGAGAUUUAGCUCCUUCCACACAGUUAGAUUCCACUACUGAUCCGAGAAAUAAAGAUGUCAUUGUUGCUGCACCAGAUCAAACCACGGACUCCCAAACUACUCCUGGGAGACAAGUAAAAUUUUCUGCACCAACCUCUCAGGGUCCUUUAGGGAAACUUCAGGAAGAUGAACCUGCUGAUGACUCAGGUGAGAAAAAGUCUUCCAAACCACCCUCUGUUGUUCGAGAAGGCAAACCUGCUGCAGCAGUCCCAGUAUCAGCUCCGGACACACAACAUGGUGCUGCGCCAGAUCAAGUUGCGGUUGAACAAAAGUUUUCUCCGUCAGGUCAAGAUUCUGCCCAUUCUGUGCAGACGUCUUUCUCUACUGAACCAACAAAAGAAGACACUGUUGUUGCUCCAACAGAUCAAACCAGCACACUUGAAAGAACAGUUGAUCAAAAUUACAUGACAACUGUUGCAGACAAAGCAAAAACUCCCUUCUCGGGUACUCCUGAUGCUUCAAGUAAAACUCAGAAAAGUAUCGAGGAUGAUCACAUUGAUGAGAAACUUCCAAGCCAGGGGCAAGUUUCUCCUGAUAGGCAUGUUUCUGAGUCACCCCAAGGACGUAGCCCUGAAGCCCACAGUGAUGUUGUUGAUAAGGAGACAACGCUUGGAUCUAGCGAAGCAGAAACUUCAAAAACUGGACCUGGUUCAACAUCAAUCAGUGCUGAUGGUCGUCUUAGCAGCAGCGACAUGCCAGCAGCAGGUUCUUUGCCAGAAACACAGGAUCUGCAGGACUCUGCAUCUGCCCAGAAUGUACUUACUGAUUCCUUAGGAAAAAUCGAGUCGCCAGGACACGUUUCAACUGAUCAAGCCAUGGCACCUACAAUGAUCCCAUCUUUACCUUCAGUUGCUCCCCUAGGUACUGUACCAGGUACAAAUUCAGUCCAGCCGCCACGGCAAGCUUCCACAACAUCUACAGUGGACCUAGAAUCUGUUCCAGACACCCAGAAUGGUAUCCCACAGGGCAAAGCCACCCCAGGUGAACAGAAAUCUACUAUAUCUGAUCAAGAACCCGCACAUACUACAGAACGCCCUUCCUCCACUGAACCAAGGAAAGAAGAAGCAAAUACCGCUGCAGGUGAUCAACCAAAUGUAACACAAGGUCCAGAGACAACUGUUCGACAUCAAGCCAAGGCACCACCACCAGAUUCAAGAGAGGCUUUACAGAAAUAUCAGCAACCCUCUCAUGCUGUGCUUCCUUCUGACAUACGUGACGGACCUACUCCUGGAGUGCGCAGUGCCAUUGUUGAUAAGGAGACAACACAAACUUCAGUCAAUGAGCCUAACUCAACACCAACCCGUGGGGAUGUGCUGCCUACAAGAUCUGUACAGAAUCAAGAAGCACAGCCUCCAGCAACUCAAGAACCAACUUCUCAGGGUCUACAAGACUCAGCAUUUUCCCAGAAUGAUUCCUCUGGAAAUAUAAAGUCACCAAGACAAGCCUCAACUGAUCAAAUUGUGGCACCUGCGAUAAACUCUGCAGCACCAACAGGUGCUCCACGAGGUACUGAACCAGGUCCAAAUUCUUCUCAAUAUGUACAGUCCCCUUUCUUUACUGAGCCAACAAAAGAAGACACUGUUGUUACUGCAGCUGAUCAAGCCGAGAACAUGCAAACAAUAACUCAUCAACAAGCCAUUACACCUGCUCCAGACACAGCUAAACCUCCAUUCCCAGGUGCUCGGGAUGCGUCAAGGAAAUUUCAGGAAAGUACUCCUGAUGAUGGGCCAGUGGAAGAUUAUUCUCCUAAGCCUGCAGCACAUACAAAGCCCCCUGCAGCAGCUCUAGAUGUAUCACCACCGUAUGCCUCGAGCAAGGCUAAAUCAACUGGGCAAGGAGCCAAGCCACCAACAGGGUACCAAGCAUCUUCUCCGGAAACUCAGCUUGGUUCCUCACAAACACAAGGCGAAGCUGCCCCAGCAGAACAAAAAUUUGCUGUAUCAGAUGAAAAAUCUGUCAAUGUCUCAAAAUCAGUUGCCUCUGCUGAACCAAGGGAAGAAGAUACGGAUGCUGCCACUGCUGAUCAAACGAGUGUACCACCGACAAAUGUUACCCGUCAGGUCACAAGCUCAACACCAGAUGCUAGUGACGCUUUAUCAAGAGAUCAGGAAUCUUCUCCUGACGAUGGUCAGAUCAGCAAUUUGGGAAGCCCACUUAUUGCUAGCCAAGAAGAAGCCUCUCGUGCUGGACGUGCUUCUGAAGGAUCUACUCCCAAAGUGCAUAGUGCCAUUGCAGAUGAGAAGAGGACACUUCCAUCUAGCCAGGCACAAACUUCAAGCACUGGGCCUGAUUCAGCACAAAUUGGUGGUGAUGCUCGUCUUAAUGGUGCUGGUACGCCAGCCACAAGCUCUAUGGAGAAGCAAGAGGCAGAACCUCCUGCAGCAACACAAGCACCAACUUCUAAGGGUCUGCAAGAUUCUGGAAAUAUCGAGUCACCAAGACAAGCCUCAACUGAUCCAACCGUGACACAUGCGAUGAACUCAGCAGCACCAUCCGAUGCUCCUGAAGGUACUGAACCAGGUCCAGAUUCUUCUCGAUCCGUACAGACCCCUUUCUCUACUGAGCCAACAAAAGAAGACACUAUUGUUACUGCAGCUGAUCAAGCCGAGGACAUGCAAACAAUAACUCAUCAACAAGCCAUUACACCUGCUCCAGACACAGCUAAACCUCCAUUCCCAGGUGCUCGGGAUGCGUCAAGGAAAUUUCAGGAAAGUACUCCUGAUGAUGGGCCAGUGGAAGAUUAUUCUCCUAAGCCUGCAGCACAUACACAGCCCCCUGCAGCAACUCUAGAUGUAUCACCACCAUAUGCCUCGAGCAAGGCUAAAUCAACUGGGCAAGGAGCCAAGCCACCAACAGGGUACCAAGCAUCUUCUCCGGAAACUCAGCUUGGUUCCUCACAAACACAAGGCGAAGCUGCCCCAGCAGAACAAAAAUUUGCUGUAUCAGAUGAAAAAUCUGUCAAUGCCUCAAAAUCAGUUGCCUCUGCUGAACCAAGGGAAGAAGAUACGGAUGCUGCCACUGCUGAUCAAACGAGUGUACCACCGACAAAUGUUACCCGUCAGGUCACAAGCUCAACACCAGAUGCUAGUGACGCUUUAUCAAGAGAUCAGGAAUCUUCUCCUGACGAUGGUGAGAUCAGAAAUUUGGGAAGCCCUCUUAUUGCUAGCCAAGAAGCCUCUCGUGCUGGACGUGCUUCUGAAGGAUCUACUCCCAAAGUGCAUAGUGCCAUUGCAGAUGAGAAGAGGACACUUCCAUCUAGCCAGGCACAAACUUCAAGCACUGGGCCUGAUUCAGCACAAAUUGGUGGUGAUGCUCGUCUUAGUGGUGCUGGUACGCCAGCCACAAGCUCUAUGGAGAAGCAAGAGGCAGAACCUCCUGCAGCAACACAAGCACCAACUUCUAAGGGUCUGCAAGAUUCUGGAAAUAUCGAGUCACCAAGACAAGCCUCAACUGAUCCAACCGUGACACCUGCGAUGAACUCAGCAGCACCAUCCGAUGCUCCUGAAGGUACUGAACCAGGUGCUCAGGAUGCGUCAAGGAAAUUUCAGGAAAGUACUCCUGAUGAUGGUCACAUUGAUAAGCCUCCUCGGGGAAGUUCUUCUGAACCACGUGAAGGACAAACUUUUGGUCCAUAUCGAACUAACGUUGAUGAAAAGACGACCACAUUUGCAUCUAGCCAAGCAAAUAUUUCAGAUUCUGGGUCUGAUUUAGCACGAACCCUUGGUGAUGUUGUCCCUUCAAUUGUUGAAGGGCCAGCAGAAAAUUAUUCUCCUAAGCCUGGGGCACAAACACAAUUACCUGCAGCAGUUCAUGUAUCAUUUGAUGCCUCGAGCAAGGCUAAAUCGACUGGUCAAGCAGCCAAGGCACCGACAGGGUACCUAGCAUCUUCUCCAGACACUCAACUUGGUUCCUCGCAAACACAAGGCGAAGCUGCCCCAGCAGAAGAAAAACUUCCUGUAUCAGGUAUGCAUUCUGUUCAUCCUUCAAAAGGAGCUUCAUUUGAUGUUUUGAGUAAUGAGAAAACUACUAUGACUCAAGAUCAAGUCAACACCCUACCAAAUGGCGAUCUUUCAUCCAACCAAGUACUUGAGCAAUCUGAGAGUCUAGACUCCAAAGGAGUAAACUCCGGAAGGAACCUCGAAGGAGCAUCAACCAAUGAAGAAUCCAAGGUGCUGCUACAGUCUGAAGACAAUACCCAAGGUCGUGGAACUGAUGCACUAAGCUUAGAAACUGACCAUCCUAGCAACGGUGGCCUUCCAGCAAAUAGCUAUCAGAACAACAGUAGCCAAUCUCAGGCAGAAGCUUCAAAUAAAUCUAUCGAGCAAUCAUCUCCUGGUAUUCGGAACAAGGACAGUGACUCCAGCAGAUUGGAUGACUCAACUGAUCCCACCAAGCCUGAGACUUGA